UGGUGCGGCGUAUGUUUGUGCUCGGUUGUAUCUCCCGGGAUGAGCUGGUGUCUGUAGCGGGUCGGUGAUGCUGCGGCGGGUUCGAGCUCAGCUCCGGCAGGCGGUGGAUCAGAUGGCGAAGAGACCCGAGCUGUGCUGCGGCGCGAUCCUGCUCACCUGCGCACUAAUACUGCCCUUGACACUCACCUGCAGUCGUGUGAAGAGUGUGGUGGCGUCUCCUCGGGCUCCUCUGCGCUUCUUCCCGGCCGAGGCUCCGCUGGCGGAUCUGUUCCUGGGUCAGUUAGAGGAAGCAGAUCGUCUACUGGAGGAAGCGGAUGUGUCGCUGGUGUUCUACUACGCCCCCUGGUGUGCCCACUGCCUCGCUGCACGACAGCACGUCCAGCAGGUGGCGCUGCGGCUCGCUCAGCAGGUGCAGUUUGUGGCGGUGAACUGCUGGUGGCAUCAGGGCAGAUGCAGGAAGCAGAAGAGCUUCUUCCAGUAUCCAGUCAUUCAUCUGUUCUACAGGAGGGUCGGUCCGAUCGAGUACAGGGGUCCGGUCCGGGCUGAGUAUCUGGAGAGCUUCAUUCAGAGAGUUAGUGCUCCGCUCACGUACCUGCCCUCCGUUAGAGCCCUGCACACCUUCCUCACACAGCACCAGCAGGCUGUGGUGGGUUAUUUCCAGUUUAACUCAUCUCCUCAGCCGGCCGGUUACAUCGUCUUCCUGUUGUCGGCUCUGCACGCGCUCAGACGAGAUCAGCAGGGGGAGGUGCGCUUCGCUGUGGUGACCAAUCAGGCGGUGGCCGGGGGCGUGUCCCUCCGGGAGGAUGAAAGUGUGUAUCUACACCGGCGUUUGAACAGCUCUCUGGUCUUCCCGCGGACGCAGAGGAACUUCACUGUACAGGCCGUCUGUGAUUGGGUGUUUGAGAACAGAGAGAGCAUCAUUCACUGGAUUCAGCCAACGGGAGCAAAGAGUUACUCACUGGAGGCGGAGCUACAGAAAGGCCCCGCCCUCCUGACCUUCCUCCCACACAAUCCCCUCGCAGCCAAUCAGCUGCUGACACAGGUGACUGAUGUGGCGCUGCAGUAUCACUCGUGUAGCGGCUCACAGGAGGAUUCUGUGUCCGUCCCGCGCUGCUGUCGGUCUCUGCUGGAUCCGUCGGCCGGUCCGAGUGUGUGUGAGCUGUGUGUCUCUCACUGCUGGGCUCUGGAGCUGUAUCUGCAGCGGGUCAGUCUCUCCUCCUGCAGGAGCGUCCAGAGCUCGUACGGUGUGUUCGGCCGGUGGAGCGUCUGCUGCAGGAGCGUCCCCAGGCCUCCGCCGGACUCCAUCACGGGCCUGCAGUGCCGCUCCAACAAGACCCUGCGCUUCUACCUGCUGGACACUCAGCUGCACUGGACGCUGGCGCAGAGACUCGGAGCGUCCGCUGACCAGAGCCUGCCCUUCAUCACCAUCAUCAACCUCAGAGACGAGACGCACUACGUGCUCAACCACACCGACACACUGGCAGACUUCAUACAGAACUUCAGCGUGUCCUACAGUCCUUUACACAGACAUCUGGUGGGACACAAACCACAGCAGCAAUCACAGUCCCUCAUACAGGAAGUGACCUCAGACAGCUUCCUGCACACCGUCAUGGACUCACAGAGGGACGUGCUGCUGCUGUAUUAUUCGGUCUGGUGUGGCUUCUGCUCGGCUCUCAAUCACGUGUUUCUGCAGCUGGCUCGUCUGCUCCAGGGAAACAGCGCCCUCACGGUGGCCAGAGUGAAUGUUGGCCGGAAUGAUCUGCCCUGGGAGUUUAUGGUGGAUCAUGUGCCGUCUGUGCUGUUCUUCCCCAGACACAGGAAGCAGAUGAGUGUGAAGUUUCCUGAAAACACGCCCAUGACGGUCCCCAACCUGCUGCGGUUCGUUCUGCAGCACACAGAGUCCGGCGGAGGGGCGGAGCCUCGGUCCCUGCUGGAGGCGGAGCUUCAGGUGCUGCAGCGGCAGGUGUUUUCUCUGCAUCGGGCCAGAGAGCGUCUCUCUCAGCAGCUUUCGGUCCUGUGGAGGGAGAACCGGCGGCUCACGCUGCACACACACACGCUGCAGACCCAGAAUGCCGAGCUGCAGGAGCAGAGCUUGCAGCUGGAGACGCUGUACAGAGAGAAAACACGCCAGCUGAGCGACACCGUCCACAGACUGCAGGAGCUCGCAGACGCGUCUGAAGAACUGCUGAAGGAGAACUCGCUGCUCAGAGUGCUGCUCACCGUCCUGAGAGAGAGAGACGGACGGGACACAGAGAGACAGGAAGAGGAGGGACAGGAAGCAGCAGACGGACAGGAAGGGAAGCGUGAGGCGUCCUGACCUCGGAUGAUUAUCAUGCAGAACACGUCCAGCUCAUAUUUGACCACAAAAACAAUUUAGAAAUGUUGUUUCAUGUGAAGAAAAGAUGUGUGCAUUAUUGUCAGAUUUAAGCACAUUUCCACCCUGAAUGAGUUCAUCUCUUUACUGUAUGAGAGAUGAAGAUAUUACUCACUGUGUAAAGUGUGUAGACAUCAUGGUGGGAUUUAUUGUGCAGAUUUAAUAGAAUUUUUUUUUUUUUUUUAUUAAAAUUGUAAAUGAUAUUUAAAACAGAGAAUCUAAUAUUGAAGUGAAGAUUAGAAGAAAAACUUCUGGACAAAUGACAGAACUGAGACUGAGAUGAUUUACAUUAAUGAGCAUUUGUGAGUUUAAUUAUCAUAAAAAUACAGAAACCGUAGGAUUCAUGUUCUCUGUGCUGAAUGUAUCUUCUGUUUUGUUUUUGUUUUCUUGUGUUUCGAUGUUCUGCUGAUUAAUUCUGAUUGUCGUUACAGAUGAUUGAAGAUGUUCCUCGAGGGUUUGAUGUGACGAGACAAACUAUAAGAUUGAAAAAACACCUGUUUAAAGUAUUUCUGUUUGUUUUGUUGAAAUGCUGAUUUCUGGAUUCUGGUUGAGUCUUCAGGGAAUCUCAGGUGUGAAGGGUUAAAUUAAAGAUAAUGCUGGUGAA